CAUCCAGGAUGCGCCAUACAAAGUUUCAAACGCACAACCGGACUUCUCAGUUUCGACGCGUGAUGAUGACGACGUAGAUGUCAAAUGUGGCUAUUCCACGCUAACAUGCUUCCAUAAGCUUAAAGUCAUGGCUUUGAACCACCUCAGACUGCUGCGUCCUCUGCUGUGCCAGUCCCUGGUACGACAGGUCAGGUCUCCCCUCGUGGUCACCUCCAGGGUCAGUGCACCGCUGCUGUACCCCGGCACUACCUCCCACCCUGCUGCAUGCACCAGGCUCUAUGCCACCAAGAAGGCCAAAUCCAAGGCAAAGGGCCAGUCAGCUAAGGUGAAUAUUAAUUCAGCUCUGGUGGAGGACAUCAUCAGUCUACAGGAAGUGGAGGAGGACAUGACAGCUGUUCUUAAUGCACUCAAAGAUGACUUCACACGCAACCUCAGCAUCAGAACCUCGGCAGGGGCUCUGGAUCACAUCAUGGUGUCGACAAAAGAUGGGAAGUUCCCUCUCAACCAACUGGGACAGAUCUCCAUGAAAUCACCUCAUCUCAUUAUGGUGAACAUGAGCAGCUUCCCGGAGUGCACAGCGGCUGCCGUCCAUUCCCUGAGAGAGAGUAGCAUGAACCUUAACCCAGACGUGGACGAGGCGAUCAUCAAGGUGCCCGUUCCCAAAAUAACACGGGAACACAGGGAGAACCUCACCAAGGUGGCCAAACAGUUGAGCAACAAGGCUAAAGACUCGCUGAGGAAAGUGCGAUCCGAUGCUGUUUCACAGGUCAAAAAGAUGAAGGACGCUCACUCAGAGGACACCAUACGACUCGUAGAGAAACAGAUUGGGCAAAUGGCGGACAACAUUGUUGUGGACAUUGACAAACUGCUUGCAGUCAAGACCAAGGAGCUGUUAGGUUAACUGUCAGGAUUAUAAGGUUUCAUUUUUUUAUAUUUUGGUUCAAGCUGAAUCUACAGAUGGACACACAACAGAAGCAACAUGUCAUGCCUAUUUAUAUGACAAAAUCACAUCGCGGAGGUAGUUUUUCAAUCCUGUUCUGAGUCUAAAAAACUUCACACAAAGGAACGAGUCUUGGUCCAGUUGUAAGUGUCUUGGCAGAAACCGGGUUUUGGUUCCUGCCCACAUCACUGGCAAAGAUCUGCUCUUCGCUGCUGGGUGAUAUCUGUGUUUAACUCGUCAGCACAUAAACAGAAAUUGGCACGGAAACAACAACAACGACAGACUGCCAGUCACCUCCCUCCUCCCUUGUUACUCAUCCUGUCUUCAAACAAACACCAAGCGAGGGACGAAUGGACUUUUAAUGGGAUUUGUGGGCCUCCUCCUAAUCAAACCUCUUGCCACAAGGGCUGUCUGUUUAUAUAAAACAAGCGCACCCGUCUGAAUGUAAACUGGCUGCGGGUUUGACUUGGUGGCAAAGACAGAGAGAAAGGAAGAGAGGGUUUGUUCCAGAGUCGCAGGAUAUGAUUAGCGUGUUGCCAAACAUUUGUUUCACAUUGAUUCAAAGUCUGUUAAAAAAAAAUGCACUCGAGUAAAAAAAAGCCUUUAAUUUCUACCCACGUCUAGGAUUGAUAAAACAGCUUCUCUCUUGACAAUACAGUCGGGAAAGUAACAUUAUUGAUGGACUCCAUUAAAGAAACACUG